UUUUUUUAAAUAAUAUUUAUGUUCCGUCGCAAUGAGUCAAUCAAAAUGCUUUGUACACUUCUUUCUCGGCUACUGGCAGAGGUGGACUAGGAUACAUUUAGAAUGGAUAUUCUGAACGAAUUGGCUGAAAAAUUACAAAGUUACUUACGAAAUCAUAGUAAAUAUCAGUUUUCGUUGAAAUACCAAAACAAACAUCUUUCUAAAACCGGCGAUAUCAUGCUAAAACCGAUUGACCAGGAGGUUAACGCAGAAUUCAGUUUUGAACCGAACAGCUUAAUUACGGAAGGCAGAAAGUGGAAUAUAACAAUAAAUGAAUGUAAAAUAAACAACGGUUCGGUAAGUUUGUUUUUGAAUAGGGUACCUGUUUAUCGAAACAUUAUUGGACAAAUUAUUGAAAACAAAUUGGCGCCAGCAUGGAAACACGAACAAAUUUGCAUAACUUGUGAUGUUGAGGAAAGUGACCAUUUUUCAAUGACAAAUUUUCGAAUGCUAUCUGUCUAUAACAUAGUUAGAAAUAUAAUAAAGUUCAACGGUUAUGACAUUACGAACAAUCCAAAUAUAGAUGGGAUUGUGGAAAAAAUUAUUGUAGGUAAAAGCAGUUCUUUAAAAGCAGUUGGUGUUACACAUAUCACAUGUGCUCCUGUUAUAACCAAUGGAAUAUCCGCUAAUGACUAUAUAAGGAAACGUGCCAACGACAUGCAACUGAUCGCUCAACAUAAAUACGGAAUUCGCGUUAAAGACCAACAACGAUUUCAAGUAACGGUUGCUAGCCUUGGCCGCUCAGCUGCUAUUGUUGACAUGCUGGAAUCUAAAGCCAACAGCCAAAUUGAUUUGAAAAAAGAGAAGAAUAAAUCGAGUAAAGGCGCCGCAUUUAUCUUAUAUAACUAUGCUCGUUUAUCGGUCCUUUUCAAGACGUUCGACCAAAAACAACAUACAAAUUAUUACCCACCGUUACCAGCGGUCGUUGAUAUCGAUUUUAGUUUACUCACCGAAGAAGACGAAUGGCAACUUUUCUGGGUUUAUGUAGCUGGAUUUCCUGCGAUGAUGCAGCACGCUUCCGGUAAUGGCCAACUAGUCAAAAUUGCACCGCAUAUCGUUCUAAGCUUUGCCUCUGGAUUAGUCAUUAGCCUUAGUAAAUAUUAUCGGCGGAUACGAAUACUAACGGAAAAUCGAAACCACCUGUUGCCUGUUAUGUUUGCAAGAAUAUAUCUAUUGAAGUCGGUGUAUAUUGUUCUCUCCACACUGAUGGCAUUGCUGGAUUUAGAGCCAAUAGCAGAAAUGUAAUGUGUUGAUUGUGAUAUUGAGAAUUUUAAUCUGAUUUACGUACCGAUCUUUCCAAACCAUUUUCUGAGUGACGUACAUUUUUAUUUUGUGCGCAGUUGUAUUUAUUCAGCUUUGAAUAUUGCUGACAAGAAUAAACGAUUACUAAUUCAUUUCAACUUACUGGAAGUGUAAAUUAGAUGAAAAAAUUUCCGCUACAGCAAGCCGGACGGUUUUAAAAUACAGAGUGUAAAAAAUGUGGCAAAUCGAUCAUUUUAAAACCAUGCAAACCUGCUCCCAUGACUGACAUUUUAAUUUUAAGUUCCUACAGAUGACCAAGGUGACCAAUAAUGUAACAAAAAUAAAACGUUUAUUUCGCUACAUAUAUUUUAUUUCGCAGCCUGAAAAUAAAAUUCCACGUAGUCCUGAAACAGAAUGAUAACUAACCUACAACACUUGGUCUAGCAAACAAAAAUGUAAUAUGCAAACAAAGUUAAACAGUCUCGAUUGCACCCCGCUUCUUUUGCCGUUCCUCAUUGGCUAUAAAUGAUGUCUCUUCUGAAGUGGGACUCAAUUCAACAGGAACAGUAAUGCUCGCUGGAACUGUAGCUACAGAUAUUACAGAGGGAAUAACUGUUUCUUUUGGAGCGGCGUUAUUUCCACUAGUUUGUCCAUUAUUCGGCAUUGCGCAAAUCGAUGGUUCAAGACUUAAGCGCGAUGGUGUAUGGGAACGAGAAGCUGCAUUCGACGAACCACGUGAGACUGGGCUGGAAUUUUGAGAGUUACAAAAAUCUUCUAAAGGAAUUUCCUCUGAACGUGGCCUUGGAACACGAGGACUGGGUUCGCGAGAUCUUGGAGUAAUUGAUCGAUUAUGGGAAGAAUCGCGUGGUUUUGUUGUGGUAACAGCUAUUGGCUGACUACUCUCUCGGCGUGAUGGAUGGUUGCUUUUCCUGCGGGCUCCGGUAACUUCACUGUUAAAAAAACAUAAGCUAAUUAUCAGUUCAGCAUAGAUUAAUAGCCGUUUUCGUUUUUGUGGUGUAGCUACACCGGGUGCUACACUUUUCGCUGGAUAAACGAACGCUCGCAGUGCAACAGCUACAGCAGUGGUGUGGUAUGGGUGUGUUAGUGUUUUCCUAUCUGCACCAGCUAAACUCUCUUUUUUUCUGGUGUAGCUGGUGCAAAAAAGUGGGCAAAUGGUGUAGCACAAAAAUCGAAAACGAACAGUUUUGGUGCAAAAAAGCUACACCGGUGUAGCUACCCAGCAAAAACGAAAACGACUUGAUGAGAUUCUGCCUACCCAUCAAUAGAACGGCUAGAGUUAAUUUGUACUCGGCUAACACUUCCGGAGGGCAUGCUUUCCCUUCUAAGAGCUGUUGCUAAACCUGGUACCCGGUUCGAUGUGGAAAAAAGUGGGCGAUGUUCCCUUGGUUGUCGUCCACCGGCUGAUCUGAGCAACGAACGCGGCAUCGAUGACCCAGCCGAUCCAAGAAGAGGAAACGAUGGUUCGUUCAUUUGACCCGGGAUUUCCAACAACUGAGCGAUUUGAAACAUUUUCUUCUGACGUGCUUUACUACGUCCUUUUGUCAAACGUUGUUUUGCUGCCAUGCAACGAAUAUGGUCGUCAAACAUAAAUUUUGCUGACAGAAUAGGAGUACGGUUGUUAGUGGCUCCGCCUCGAUGUAUUGUCAAGUGUAAACUUCUAGAGUCUUCUUUAUCACCGUUUACUUCGACAUCUUGUAAAAACCCAACGAACUUGGCAACACCCCAACCUAACCUUUUGCUAUCCGGUUCAACUAGAAUAAGUUGAAGAAUAUCCAUCACAAGAAACCGGCGGUAUUUAGUACCAUCGCGCAUCACCACAGUGCAAGCUAUUAGAUCGCUGUUGUCUGGAAGAAAUAUCUGGUGUAAUAGGUAGUUUUUUUUUAUUUUAAAUAGAGAUAUUAUUCUCACUUAAAUCUAGAGCGUUAUCAACCUGGACACAUUGGCUUAGGUUUGUGAGAGGAAGCAGCAGUUCCCUUUCUCCUGUAAUACUUUGACACGUCCUUCUGAGCAAGAAAAACACUCGAAUCGCACGACGCGCCUUUUCUACUUCACCACAUGGCAAUCGCCGAGUAAAACCUAUUCCCGUCAAUGGAGUUCCAGUCGGGGGAAGUAAAAUAGUUGAAUCGUUGCACAAGAACUCUACAUUUAAAGAACUUUUCACCAUUUCGUUGUAUCUAAAAGGCAGGAUGGUCAAGAAAACUCAAGUCAAAUACAUCAUUCGUGAGAUAUUACUCAUCCUCAAAAAGAUCCAGAAAAAUGUCUUCAGAUUUGUAGAAAUUUCUUAACACAGUCAUGCUCUGAUUUCGCGCAGAGAACAAAGAGUUUCUGUGCUGUUCGCAAAUAUUUAUAUUAGUGGUACCGGUCCCGAUAAUCUGACAGAACAGUUUCAAGGUUAGCUCAAUGGUAACCAAACGGAUCCGACAGGCUAGAAAGAAAAAUGUUUUGAUAGAUUUAUAAACUAUCAAUUAGCAAUCAAUAGCAAACGUCUUCUAUAUGUAUGUUUUCCUUUUAUAGCUCAACAUUAAGGCCAUAAAUCUAGUGUAACUUAUCUUGCUCGCAAAAUUCCCUGAAAUUAAUUAACGAGAUUUUCUAAUUUUUUCAUGUAAAAACUCACAUGGCUGAUUGGAGAGCGUGACAAUUUGGAGCAGCUUUUCCAGCAAAAUUAAAUUGUACUUGGAGCUUCCGGUUGGCGAUGAUUUGUUCAAUACAAUAUCUAACCAUUCGGCAUUCACACCUGCAAAAACAUAAGAACGCUGAAUUCUGUUCAUCUCCCUGUUAAUUUUUUGUGUUAAUCUUGCAAAAUGUUCAAGAUAAAAUAUUAACCAACCAUCUACCGUUAUUGAUGCCACAGAUUAUGUCCAUAGAAAGAUCGGGUGCAGAAUCAGAAUUUAAGACGAACAAUUAUGCGUUACAGGGCAAGUAGCGUGGAUGAUAAGCGAUAAUGAAAUUAUUUCAGUGGCGUAGGUACGUAAUACAUAAACAAUACUGUCGAUACUAGUACGUUAAAGAGUAAUAAUAACAAGACAAUGACGGUCAUACCUUUGUUGUUCGCUAGUGCAUACAAUAGACAAAGAGCCAGUAAAGCAAGGUAAUCAUUUUCAGCGCAAUCCAGUGACGACAAUACCAUAUCGAGAAAAGGUCUAUUGAAUUCAGGGGUUCGAUAUGCAUUGAGCAGAAGCUUUUCCUUUUCUUCGUCUGUAAUAUUCACUUUCUCCAUCUCAUCUGAGAGCGUAGGAGGACUCGGAGAAUCUUUAAUAUAAUACAUAGAAGGUUUCGAAAUUAAAAAACGCAAUUACUUAUUUUACCUGAUAU